AUGAGUCAGACUCCAAGCAGCAAGACCCAGGAUGAGUAUGAGGAUGAUUUUGAGAAGGAUUUAGACUGGCUGAUCAGCGAGGAGGGAAAAAGUGAAGAUCAGGACCCUGAUUAUGAAGACAUUGAGGCAGAAAUAGAUAAGGAACUGGAGGAGGAUGAGGAGCAAAUGAAGAAGAAGGACGAGGAACAGAAAGAGAAAAAUGGGCAGGAGGAAGGAGAGGAAGAGAGGUGGCCCACACCAAUGGAGCCACUGGAAGGCGUCGUGGAACCGGACGACAACGACAUGCUGGACGAGGAAAAGAAAUACAUCCUGGAGAAAAUCCAACAGGCCAAUCGACAGCUUCAGAACCAGGAGCCGCCCAAUCACACACGCCGCAGACGACUUCAGUUCAAAGACACCUUAGUGGACCUGGUGGUACCGGCACAGGAGUACCAACGAGACGGAGCUCCUCAGAGGAACGACGAGACCGAAGAAGAGCACGAGAGCGCCCUCCACAGGGACUCAGAGGUCGACGUGUCAGAGAAGAUGUUUAAACUAAAGAUUUCACAGCGCGAUGAGAGCACAGCAGUAGACAGAGCAGCUGGGGAGGAGAGCUACAGUGGAGCCGGCAAAGAGGGACGUGUUUUGGUGGAAAAAGACGGGAAGUUUGAUUUGGUCAGUUUGAAAGAUGUGGAGAGUCAUGGUUUACUCCCCCCUUUGCCCUCCUCUUACGGGGACAGCUCUCGGCGUGGCUCCCCCGUCUUCCAAAGCAAAAGCCCCUCUGCUUCUCCGAGACAGCUCGACUCCAGCUCUGCUCAUUCCAUAAAGACUGAAUCGCUACACGCCCCUAAACCUCCAGCUCUUCCCAGGAACAGGCCUAGUUCUGCCACUCACAGCCUACGCAGUGGGACGAGGCUGGGUACUAAAAGGAGGGUCCAGUCAGCCAGUGGCACACCCUCGUUUGCCACGUAUACUCUCUCACCACAGCAGAAAGAGCAGCUUACCAAACUCCGGCAGAGGAGGGAGAGGCUUGCGAAAGAAGAGGAGCAGCGGAAGCACGAAGAAGAGGAGCAGAGACGGCAGGAGAAUGAGAUGGCAUUCCGGGCGUGGCUGAUGAAGAAGAGAGACCAGUUACAAGAAGAGCGGCGGGUCCAGAAGGCCCAGGAGAUGGAGAGGAUGAGCUGCAUGAGGGAGUACUGUGACCCUCAUAAGGCCUUUAAAGUCUGGCUACAGAGGAAGCAGGAACAACAGCUGAGAGAGAGACAGCUGGAAGAAAUGAAGAAACUGGAGCAGGAGAGUGGAUUCUACUUCCGCAACCGCGAAGAGUGUGAGAGAGCCUUUAAAACGUGGCUGAGGAGGAAACGAGCGGAGAAGAGGGCAGAGCAGCAGGCUGCUCGAGAGCGCUCCCGCAGGCUGGUACUGGAAGAGCGGCGGGCCAGGCGUGUGCAGGAUCUGCUCUGCACGGUUAAUGAGACCAAGCCCUUCUGCUACAAUGAUCCUUACGGUUUCCGGUUCUGA